AUGCGGGUCGGUGCGCUCCUCGCGUGCCCGCUGGCCGCGGCCCUGGCGCCCUGCGGCGGGAGCAACGUCGCCCUCGUGACGCCCAUGGUCGCCGGCAGCAACGCCGUCGACUACGGCGCCCUGCGGUCCCUCCUCGAGUGGCACGUCGAGUGCGGCACGGCGGGCGUCGUCGCGCUGGGCACGACGGGCGAGGCGUCGACGCUCAGCGGCGAGGAGCGCGACGAGGUGCUGCGCACGGCCGUCGACGUCUGCGGCGGCGUCGUGCCCGUCGUCGCCGGCACCGGCACGAUCGACACGGAGCGCGCGAUCGCCAUGGGCCGCCGCGCCGCGGAGCUCGGCGCCGACGGCACGCUCGUCGUGACGCCCUACUACGUGAAGCCGCCGCAGGCCGCCCUCGUGGCCCACUUCAACGCCAUCGCCGACGCCGUCGACCUGCCGAUGAUCCUCUACAACGUGCCCGGCCGCACGGGCGUCGACCUGCUGCCGGCGACGGUGGCCGAGCUCGCGCGCCACGACCGCAUCGUCGGCAUCAAGGAGGCCACGGGCGACAACGCGCGCGUCGCCGUGCUCCGGGAGCAGUGCGGCGACGACUUUUUGCUCUACAGCGGCGAGGACGCGAUGGGCCGCGAGUUCGUCGCGCUCGGCGGCGACGGCGUCAUCUCCGUGACGGCGAACGUCGCGCCGCGCGACAUGCAGACCAUGCUCGCGAACCCGAACAAGUCGAGCUCCAUCAAGAUCGACGCGAAGCUCCGGGCCCUCCACGAGAAGCUCUUCGUCCAGGCGAACCCGAUCCCCGUCAAGUGGGCGCUCCACCGCGCGGGCCGCAUGGGCGCGGGCAUCCGGUCCCCGCUCGCCGCGCUCGAGCCCCAGUUCCACGAGGACAUCGACGACGCGCUCCGGCUCGCCGACGUCGACGUCGCGCCCGCGGCCGAGCAGGACGCGGGCGCGAACGGCGUGGCGGCGCCGCCGGCCCGGGCGGUCUCGGGCGCGAGCGCCUAA